UAAAAUAGAGGCUCCGAAGGCUCACGUUCAGUCACGAGGGAGUCUUUGCCAGAAGAUAGUGGCAAAGAGGAGCCCGACUCUGCAUACUGUCUGCAUAUCCAGGCCAAGAUGUAAGCGUUUGACUGAGUGGAUAAGUGGAGGACAAAGCAGGGGUUCUCUGGGUAGCAUUUAUUAUCUGAACUACCCCAAAUCAAAGGAUCAGAGGGUAUUGAGACAAACUGAGGAAAUUACGCACAAGUGAAGAUUUACCUGAUUAGGCUACAUAAAUGGGGGAUUACGGCUUUCUGGUUAAAAACAACGCUGCAAACAAAUCAGUUUUCCCAGUAAGAAUCCAUCCGCACUUGCAGCAUACGGUCCACCACCAGACCACUCCACCAAGCCCCCCAGCUUUCAUCAGCAACAACAACACUACCAAUGGUGGAAGUGUUGGGUCUGCUUGGCUCUUUCCAGCUGUGACGCCCCACUCUAACAUGCAAGAUGAUGUUUUGGAGUCUGAGAUGUCUAAGGCUCCCCAAUUGCAACAAGAGAGUCAGGAAGGACAAGACAAGCAAACGCUCUCUCCACCAGGUCACCAGGAACCCCCAGGAAUCAUAUCUGAGUUGGACAAUGCCAUGCCAGAGGAGAAUCAGCUGGAAAAGGGUACCAUGGAGAAUGCUAAUGGAAAAGAGACGCUACGGCUUGAAUCUCCAGUGUUAUCAGGGUUUGACUACCAGGAGACGACUGGAAUUGGUACUCUAGCACAAUCCAGUAGCUCUUCCUCAUCGUCCCUUACUGGCUUCAGCAGUUGGUCCACUGCUAUACCCCCCAACCCCUCCACCUUGAUUGAAGAGGUUGGCUUUUUCAAUCAGGCUGCUACUACUAACAAUGCUCCUCCUCCGCUGCUAUUUCAAAGUUUCUCUCAUCACACUAGCACAGGAUUUGGGGGGAAUUUCUCCCACCAGAUUGGGCCUCUAUCUCAACACCAUCCAUCUCCUCAUCCCCACUUUCAACAUCCUCAUAAUCAACACCGCAGGUCCUCUGCUAGCCCUCAUCCACCUCCCUUCUCCCACCGCAGUGCUGCUUUCAACCAGUUACCCCAUCUGGGGAAUAACAUAAGCAAGCCUCCGUCCCCUUGGGGAAGCUAUCAGAGCCCCUCUUCCACCCCAUCUUCGACUUCUUGGAGCCCAGGUGGAGGGUAUGGAGGCUGGGGUAGCUCUCAGGGACGGGAAUAUCGCAGGGGAGGGGUCAAUCCCCUUAAUUCGAUCUCACCUUUAAAGAAGUCCUUCCCAAACAACCAGACCCAAACACAGAAGUAUCCCCGCAACAACUCUGGCUUCAACACUAAACCCUGGAUGGAGGAUACCAUAAACCGCAACGAAAGCAUCUUUCCAUUUCAGGAGCGUAGCCGGUCGUUUGAUGGUUUCAGCAUGCACUCUCUAGAGAACUCUCUAAUCGACAUCAUGAGAGCCGAACAGGAUUCUUUGAAAGCAAGGAAUUAUGGGAGGCGACGAGGUCACUCAUCAUUGUUUCCCAUGGAGGAUGAGCGGAGUUAUGGAGAAGAUGAGAGGUCUGAUCAGAGUCUGAGUGGACUGGGCUCACCACACAGUUUCCCUCACCAGAAUGGUGAACGGAUCGAGCGAUAUUCUCGCAAGGUCUUUGUUGGUGGUUUACCUCCAGACAUAGACGAAGAUGAGAUUACUGCCAGUUUCCGACGCUUUGGACAUUUGUUUGUGGACUGGCCCCACAAGGCAGAAAGCAAAUCUUAUUUUCCACCUAAAGGUUAUGCGUUCCUCCUGUUUCAAGACGAGAGCUCAGUCCAGGCACUGAUCGACGCCUGUAUGGAAGAGGAUGGGAAGCUGUAUCUCUGUGUUUCUAGCCCUACAAUCAAAGACAAACCAGUCCAGAUACGACCCUGGAAUUUGAACGACAGUGAUUUUGUGAUGGAUGGCUCUCAGCCCCUUGACCCCAGAAAAACAAUCUUUGUUGGGGGAGUUCCACGGCCUCUACGAGCUGUGGAGCUGGCGAUGAUUAUGGACCGACUGUACGGAGGGGUGUGUUAUGCUGGCAUUGACACGGACCCUGAGCUAAAGUAUCCAAAAGGGGCUGGACGCGUGGCCUUCUCCAAUCAGCAGAGCUACAUUGCUGCUAUCAGCGCUCGCUUUGUGCAGCUGCAACAUGGAGAGAUCGAUAAACGGGUGGAAGUAAAGCCAUAUGUACUGGAUGACCAGCUGUGUGAUGAGUGUCAGGGCACGCGUUGCGGGGGCAAGUUUGCUCCGUUCUUCUGUGCUAAUGUCACUUGUCUUCAAUACUACUGUGAAUACUGCUGGGCAGCCAUUCACUCGCGUGCCGGACGUGAGUUUCACAAGCCUCUAGUGAAGGAGGGAGGAGACCGGCCUCGCCACAUCUCCUUCCGCUGGAACUGAUCUGGGACGUCAAGGCUGUGCUAUUCCUAUACAUGCACUUUUCAUUUUGCUAAGUCCUUUUUAUUUCGAGUUCUUUUUAAGUCUAAAAAUUUGUAUUUAUUCUUAAGUUUUUAAUUUUUUUUGCAGAAGAGAAUGCUAAAAGAAAAUGGUGUAAUCCUGAUUUUUGUUGAAAAGCUACAUUGGUGCGCAUGAAGACUUGAAUGCAUUAGAUUUAAAAAUAUAGAUGUUUAGCCUGACUUGACUCUGAAUUACUGUUCUAUCUUUAUUCUCUCGGAGCCUCAUCUUCUGUUCGUAAUGGGUCACAUUUUCACUUGAAGGCUAUUCACAAAGAGGCUGGAAAUGUAAGGAUUCAAGCCUCGUUCAUAUGACUUUAAUGUUGAGGUUUGCUAUUUCAAUGACUAAUCUUAAAUGGUUGCAUGGCAAAUACGGAAUCUUCUAGUUACUCCUUUCAAACAAACGCAUAGUAGCAGCUUGCAAAAGACCACAAGCUAUCGUACGAAUGAUAUAAAAUGACAUUUUUCUUUAAGGGGUCUAUUCAGGAACGAUUAUGUGGACUGAUUCUAACAUGCAGAUCUUUGUGAUUUAGCAGGAAAAUUAUGAAGUUGUCAAAAACCUGUUAGACGUUGUUCUCUUAAAUGCUCAGACUCAGGCUUUCCAAUCCUGAAUCAUUAUAUACAGAUUGCUAUUAAACUACAUCUAAGAUACCUGUAACGUAAUCAAGCGUAUAUGACCCUGAGGCCGGUUAAAGGACAGUAGAGAUGCAGUGAUAAAAGAUGUGACUGUAUGUUGUGCUUGAUGCGCAGGAUUUUAGUCAGGCAAACCAAAGAUGAGCCUUAGAGAUAUCCUACUGUCUGUGGUUAUACAAUGAAGAUUAUAUAAAUAUAAUAUAUAUCUACAUGAUAGAAAGUUUAAAAACGUAAUUGGUUUGAUGGAUUAAAACAUAAUUCUAUUAACUUAAGUAUUUAUGAUUCUUGUAAUGGUUAUGGCAGUAACUUUGGCUCAUUUGUCAGGGAUUUUGUGCUAAAAGCUAACUCAGUGUCGUAGUAUUUGCUAAUGAGAAAUUACCUUGUGUUGCAUUGAUGAUAGUGUUUUACUGCAUGGGUUUUGCCAUGGGUUCAUUGGUGUUCUAACUGAGCAUUGCAGUAGCUGAGCACAUUUCAAAGAAUUUGAAAAACGAAUAUUAUUUUUUACAUGGUCUGCUGAUUUUUGUACUGUGUUUUAUAGCUAAUUAUUUUGUCAUGGACGUAAAACCAUUAUGCACUACUUUUCUAAAUAUUGUUUUUCAAGUCACUUUUUUCCACAAAUGGAAAGUCCUUUUGUGAUAACUUUUUUUUUUCACUUGUUGAAUAUAGAUUUUGUACCUUUUGUUACUAAGAGAUCUGGUUAUAACGCAAGCGCAUACCUUAAAGAAAAGAAAAGAAAAUGCAAAUAUAAUUUUGUUUAGGUUUCUAUGUAUUUACGUGCUGAAAUCCCUAGAUUGUCGCAUAUAUAUAUAUUUAGGUGACUGUAUUGUUGAAACUAAUAUCUAAUAUUUGCAAAAUGAAAACAGUGUUCAUUUCUGUCUUAAUGGGCAAAGUAAAUAAUCUAGCAUGACACAAAUUCCUUAAUGUGUGGUACAUGUAGAAAAAUAAAUAUAUACCUAUAUGGUACCUACCCGUUAUCGGUUAUGAGAAUGACGAUAAUCCCUCAUUAUUGGCUUUAGAAAAUAAUUAACAAUGUAAAUUAGAGUAAUGUUAGGAUGCACCUUGUAUCACAAUAAUGAAUGUUCCAUAUUAAAAAUAUUAAUGUUUACUGUUGUGUAUAAUUCAGAGAGGCAACAAGGUUAAAUAAAUUCAGUAGGUACGCAUGAGCUAAAUCUAAGUUAUGGUUUCUUUCUUUAAAUAGUACUUUUAUUUCAAACCUUUUGCCAUGUUGUGGGAAACGUUUAGCCACAUUUUCAGUUGUGUACCUUCCCCAUGCACAAACCGUGCAUAACCCACGUUACUGUAUUUACUAGUUGACAAAAAGAGGGUGAUUAGUCACGUAUUAAUUCAGGGUUUACUUGAAAACACUUUCAAAAUAUUGACAGUGAGAUCUGUGCAAUACUUUUCCCCCAGAGACCUACUUUUAUUUUAAACUACGUGCAAAUCCAUUACUUCUACACCUCACCUCAAGAACCCUCCUUCAGCCAUUAUAUCCUUUAUUGUUCUCUGAUUUAUACCGUAAAGAAGAACUACUUAAUAUAUAUAUAUAGGUGUUUUUACUUUUAUGUAUUCACAUAUUUUCCUACUUGAGUUCAUGCUACUGUGAUUACAAACUAUGUAAAUAUUAAGUGAAUAAUGUUUUGACCAUUUACUGAUAUAUUUUUAAUUGGAAUGUAAUAAUUGUCAUUUUGAUUAUAGUUUUUGAUCAGUACACUUAGAUUUUCUAGUUUUAAUAAUCACUAUAUUGUGCUUCAUGUCUACAGAAGGAUACGAAAAAAAUAUCAGAAAACUAUCUAUGUAACUGCUUAUUUAAAUUUACAUAGUUUAUAACUGUGUAUGGGAAGGUGUAUUUAUCAAUAGAUUUUUAUAAGAGGAAUAAUUUUUUUGCUAUGUCAUUUCUAAGUUUUAAUUUUUAUAUUUUAAAUCCAUAUGGAGUUAUGUAAAGAAAAAAUAUCAUUUUAUAGUUGGGUUAGUCAUACAUGUGCUUUGGUAGUUGAGUCUUGAUUAUUUGCGGUUAAAUAUUUAUAACAGAAUGCUUAAAGUAUUUGUAAUGUGAAAUGUUGAAUGAAUAAACUUGAUUGCAGGAAACA